ACUUUAGCUAAUUUUACGUUAAAUCCCAUGUAAUCUGUGUAUAUCAUUUCAUUUGAAAAUGAAGCAACGUUAUUACUGUUGUUUUAAGUUAUGGUUCUUGUGGUGUCGCAUCAUAAAAUUAUUGAUUAAUUUAAUGCUCAUCAAACCUAGAGAAACGGCUCUGCUAACUAGAACGGCGUUAACCUCAUAGACAUUAAUACGCUUUAUGUCUAUUUUUACUUGCGUUAAAAAUGAAUGUGGACAACAACAAAAGAAGAACUUUCUGUAGCACAUCGUGUGAUAAAAUAAUAAAAAUUAAAUUAUUUCAUGUUUCUUCUGUGUUAUUAUUAUUAUUAUUUUUUAUUACUGACGUUGUUUUCUGACAUUGAAUGCAGGUUAUUCAUUAUAUUAUUGUAAUUAAUUCUAUAAACAUAUGUAUGAAUUUAAUUCUGAUCAUUUUGGUCAACUCUUAAAUACAAACAUAUGAUAUAAAAAUGUAAUUUGAACGUUAUUGCUCUACACCCCAAGGAAGACAUUUUUGAUAUUUUAACAUAAAUGAACGUCUUUAGAACUAAAACAAUAUUGUCCAUGACAGCAAGUUGCGACUGGAGAUGAGUGUCUAGUUCAGAGUGUUACUCGAUUUUUAGGGCACAUUAAGACAAAUUCAUAAAAUUCAGUGCAUGAGUGUAUAAAUAGAACAGUAUCUCGAUUCCCCACACGGUGGCGGUGUUGUACCACAGGCAAACGGUCAAACCAAUAGCGGACGUGACGUAUUCUCCUUUCCUGUGUUGGUUCAAACACUGCAGCGCGGACCAGUCGCUUAUUUUAUGCCGUGUAUCUGGGUGUAAUGGAGUUUGACGGCGAUCUCAUAGUAGAGCGAAUCGACGAUUUAAAGACGGCUACGCCAUUAGAACAUUUAAUGACUCUUCACUGUGCGCAGUGUAACGCGGUUCUGGCGGACUCUUUGGGGCUGUGCGGAGAGCUGACAUGCAUCGACUCCGUCAUGUGCAUGCGAGUGACCAAUGACGUGGUUGUGAGUGGCGCUCUGGAGUCAGUUCACAAAGGGGAAAUGGCUGACUGCAUUUGCUCCAAUCUAAAAUGCCGUUUGUGCAACAGUGUCGUGGGGAAACGCAUCCACGCUGCUCCUGCGCAUCUGGCCGCUACUCGCUCCGUCUUUCUCCUGAGCAAAGCCAAAAUGAGCUGUUACAUUCUGGACAGCAGCUCAAUGGUGAAGGCGUCGUCUCUCUCGUUUGAGCUGGCGCCUCUUCAGGAAACUGUUGAUGAGGCAAGGCAGGAGGUUGAAGAACAGCUGGAUCUGAUGGGACACACCUGCAGCCAACUGGCUGACAUGAGUAUGAACGCCAGCAGUCGAAGCAGGAAGUGGUGUUUGUAAGAUGUUUGGAGUUUGUGCUUUGUGUGUGUGUGUGUGGACUUGUUCUGUCAAUGAUGCGCCAUCAUUCUGGAUGCUGUUAGGCUGCACAUGUUCCGUGUUCAUUUUUUUGUUGUUAAAGCUGAUAAUGAACCUUUUUUUUUUAUUAAUUUUUCACUCAAGUUCUGCUACACUUAUUUGUACAUUAUAUAUAUAUAUUUUUUACAAUAAAUUUGAGUUUGAUAUCCUUAUUUCUUUGUCAAAUAUUACGUAGUUAGUAGUAAUACGUUUGAAACCCCCUCACAUUAAGAUUUUUUUUAUUUAUUUUUUAUUUCAAAAGCAUAACCUCACCGUAAGGGCAUAAAAAAAAGUUCGACCUUUAUUUAAAUACAGCAAGGGCGAAAGGAAUAACAGGUGAAAAGGAGGGGAAAAAAAAACUUUUAAGAAGCUUGCAGGGACCUUUGUAAGAGAAACAGCAUCACAGGCAUUGGGCAUGUGGUGCUUUUCCAUUUGUUUCAACCUAGGAAAUUAUGUUUUAAAAAAAAUAUCUCCACCAAUCCCUUUACUGUCAAUGUAAUAAACACUAUAAACUUCAGUUUCAAAAUGUACUCACUGUUGGACAACAGCAGCAGAAAGUGGCCUCUUAAGGUCCCCAUAGCAACUAUUAUCUGCCCUAUUAAAACCUAGACGCAUGAUGAUUGCUAAACCUUUUUGAGUGCAUAGGCCAUUUGAAAAAUCAAAUGUACUUCCUUUAACUCGGCCAGUAAAAAUUGGGAAUGAGCUGGAGAUGGGAGCCAGGAAUUUGGGCCAUUCUGGGAGCUCUGCAAGGGGAAUAUUCAAAAAGUUUGAACAAUAAAGGUUGGAUUUUUAAUUUUUUUUAAGUCUGGGUCGCAAAGUAAAUGUUAGCAUUAAAUAUGGAUACAAACGUUCAGCCUUAGUUUAUGAAUCUGAUUGAAUGACUAAAUAAAAAUUCCUUGAUAUAAUAACAUUUUAGAAAUACAACUUAGAGUACUUUUUCGGCUUUAACUCCGUGUCUCAAAUAUGUUUUGCUGCUCAUUAUCAAAGCGUAAAGGAAACGACACAAUUCAAUUGGCACCAUGCUGCUGUUUAUUGCUUAAAUUUUUCUGAUACAGAUUUCUUUCUUUCUUUCUUUUUAUUUUAAUUCAUUUAUUACAAAACCAGACAAGAGGCUCACACAUAUUAGGCAUGCCCGUUUCCUCCCUCUGGAGUGCAUAGUCGCUAUACAGCCCAUCAUCUCGGUGGGAAAGUUGAGCAACAAAGUAAUUUCAGGAAUCUCGCCAAAGCUUUCGUUAAGUUUUCCUCAUGGGAACAAGAACUGCAGAGCUGCACUGUAGUGGUACUGCCAGAUAGCAUGUGACACAACAGGAAAAACACAGAAACUGAUCAAUUCCUUCUUUUAGAGGUGUUUUUUUUCUAUAUAUAUAUAUAUAUAUAUAUAUAUAAAUCGCAGCUAAUCGAUAAAAUCGCAGCUAAUCAAUAAAACCGUCGGCGUUACCUUCAGUUGGAUUGGAAAAUCAUAAUACUUCCCCCCCCCACUCUCCCUAUAAUUACACUCAUUCACAUUACAAGGUUAGGUUAUUGCAUGCAAUACAAUUCAUUCGUUAUUCUGCUAAAUCAUGCAUAUAUAUAUAUUUUUUUUAAACCCACAAAUUCAUAUCACCUGGACGUCUACUUGCUCAUAAAUCGGGAUUAUAAAUCACCAGAAAGAACAUUACAGGGUUGCCUGAACACAGCAUUCAAGACGCGACGAUGGGCGGUGCAAGUCGGUACGUGGAGAGAAAGUGCUUUUUCACGCCGGCGUCGUUCGGCCGGUUCUUUGCAGCCGCGUUUAUUCUCAAGCCUGCAACUCGCAGACGAGGAGAGGGUCUUUGUGGAUGCUACAAGAGUUCAAAUUUAAAGCCUUUUCCGUGUUCAAUAACGACUAAAACUAAAUGCAAUGAGAUGUCAACACAAUCCUUUUAACACCAACUCCUGGAGCUAUAUUCAUGCAUUAUUUCAGGUUAUUGCUUCUA